AUGAGAGCUGAGAACUUCACUUCAGAAACAGGAUUCAUCCUCUUGGGACUCACCUCUCAUCACAAACAACAAAUUCUGCUCUUUGUGGUCUUCCUAACAAUCUACUUGCUCACAAUUUUGGGUAACCUGCUAAUCAUCAUAUUGGUACGCAUUGAUGCCCAACUACACACUCCUAUGUACUUCUUUCUCAGCCAUCUUUCAGGCCUGGAGAUUGUGUAUGUCACUAGCACUUUGCCUCAGACAUUAGCCCAUCUGUUGGCUGGAAAUGGUGUGCUUUCCUCAACACGUUGCAUGUUGCAGGGAGGCAGUGCUUUGAGCAUGGGCAGUACCGAAUGUCUGCUGCUGGGUGUCAUGGCUUACGAUCGCUACUUGGCCAUCUGCAACCCCUUGAGAUAUGCUUCUGCCAUGGACAGGAAGCACCAACACCUGCUGGCCACCUCCUGCUGGAUCAUAGGUUGUCUCUUCUCAAUGGUCAAUGUUGUCUGCAUCUUUCGUCAUCCCUUCUGUGGUCCUAAUUCCAUUAACCAUUUCAUAUGUGAACUGCACUUUGUCCUGAAACUGGCAUGUGGUGAUAUAAACCGCACCAAAGCCAUACUAAAGGGUCUAUCCGCAUUUAUUGUUCUGGUUCCCCUUUCUGCUAUCUUAUGUUCCUAUAGUUGCAUCCUAUAUUCCAUUUGUCAAAUGCAGUCAGCUGCAGGGUGGCAGAAAGCUUUCUCUACAUGCAGCUCCCACCUUAUUGUGGUCAGUUUGUUCUAUGGCACCAUCAUCUCCAUAUACAUUCUUCCCCAAUCCAGCUCAUUUCCUGAUCGGGACAAAAAAAUUGCAGUCUUGUACCUUGUGGUAACCCCUCUGCUUAACCCCAUCAUUUACACCUUGCGGAACAAGGAAGUCCACAAGGCUUUGGGUAAGGUGUUGAAAAGAAGCAGAAUUCAAGAAAAGCCACAAACAUUCGUAUCCUGUUGA